CUCUUUCGGAAGUCGCCAAGCCCAGCAGCGGACACAGGUGCAGCAUCGCGGAGGUGGACACGAAGCGGGCCCUUCCAACUUCGUACGCAACCGUUCUGUCCAGCGGUUUUGCCACGCCUCUUCCUUUCCAGAAUCACGUCUCGUAAUACGUGGUCUCCGCUUGCGCUCCUAGACUGGCUACAACAAGCCACGUCUUCCCGAACCCACCCCUCCACAACAAUACACAUAAGCUACGAAGAUGCGUCUCGACGUGAAGAGGCAGCUCUUUGCGCGCUCGGAGCGAGUCAAGGGCAUUGACUUUCACCCGACUGAGCCUUGGAUCCUCACAACGCUGUACAGCGGACACGUCCACAUCUGGUCGUACAUUUCGCAGUCGAUCGUCAAGACAUUUGAGCUCACCGAUGUUCCCGUCCGUGCGGGUCGCUUCAUUGCGAGGAAGAAUUGGAUUGUUGCAGGAUCUGAUGACUUCCAAAUGCGCGUAUACAACUACAACACCUCUGAGAAGGUCACAUCUUUCGAAGCACACCCCGACUAUAUCCGCGCAAUUGCCGUGCACCCCACUCAGCCUUUCGUUCUGACCGCCAGUGAUGACAUGACAAUAAAGUUGUGGGACUGGGAGAAGGGCUGGAAGUGUGUACAAGAGUUUGCAGGCCAUCAGCACUACGUUAUGGGUAUCGCGAUCAACCCCAAGGACCCCAACACAUUCGCCUCGGCUUGUCUCGACCGAACAGUGAAGAUCUGGUCUCUCGGCAGCUCGACCCCCAAUUUCACCCUUGAGGCGCACGAGACCAAGGGAGUCAACUUCGUUGACUAUUACCCUCAAUCCGACAAGCCUUACCUGCUCACAACUUCCGACGAUAGGACCGUCAAGGUCUGGGAUUACACAACAAAAGCGCUCAUUGCGACGCUCGAGGGUCAUACAUCGAACGUCAGCUUUGCUGUCUACCACCCUGAGCUCCCUGUCAUCAUCUCUGGAUCUGAGGACGGCACAAUUAAGAUCUGGCACUCUUCAACAUAUCGCCUGGAGCAGUCACUGAACUACGGCCUCGAGCGGUCAUGGUGUGUGGCAUCUCAAAAAAGCAAAAACGGCAUCGCGCUUGGUUUCGAUGACGGCGCUGUAGUCAUCUCCAUGGGUCGCGAGGAGCCAGCGGUCAGCAUGGAUGCUGGUGGCAAGGUUCUGUGGGCGAAGCAUAACGAUAUCCUGGCAGCGACGAUCAAGGGCAACGAUUCGCUGAAGGACGCGGAACGACUCACACUACCUUCCAAGGACCUUGGCUCGACCGAAAUCUACCCUCAAUCUCUGCUGCACUCGCCGAAUGGUCGUUUCGUCGCUGUUUGUGGCGAUGGCGAGUAUAUCAUCUACACCGCUUUGGCGCUCCGUAACCAGGCUUUUGGUUCUGCACUGGACUUUUGCUGGGCAUCAAAAGAUCACGACAAGGACUAUGCUAUCCGGGAAUCGGCUACUAGUGUAAAAAUCUUCCGCAAUUUCAAGGAGCGAAGUGUCCUGAACGUCGGUUUCUCGGCUGACGGCCUGAGCGGUGGCGUUUUGCUCGGUGUGAAGGGCCAGGGAGGUAUUGGAUUCUACGACUGGGAUUCUGGUGCCCUUGUCCGAAGGAUAGAGGUCGAGCCCAAGAGCGUCUUCUGGUCCGAAAGUGGUGAGCUUGUCACAUUAGCCACAGAAGACACAUACUACGUCCUGCGCUACUCCAGGGAGAACUACUUGGAGGCGGUCCAAAAUGGCGAAAUCGACGAGGAUGGUGCCGAGUCUGCCUUCGAGGUUAUUUGUGACAUCAAUGAGAGUGUACGCACAGGUUGCUGGGUCGGCGACUGUUUCAUCUACACCAACAGCACAAACCGCCUCAACUACCUGGUUGGUGACCAAACCUAUACCAUCUCCCACUUCGACUCGCCGCACUAUCUUCUUGGAUACCUCGCCCGCGACUCCAGAAUCUACGUUGCUGACAAGGAUGUCAACGUUGUAUCAUUUGCUCUGUCGCUCGCUGUUGUCGAGUACCAGACUUUGAUCUUGCGAGGAGAGCUUGAGGCUGCAGAAGAGACAUUACCAUCUGUGCCGAAGGAUCAAAACAACAAGAUUGCGCGGUUCUUGGAAGGUCAAGGGUACAAGGAGAUGGCUCUCAAGGUCGCUACAGACCCUGAGCACCGCUUCGAUCUCGCUCUUUUGUUGGGUGACCUCCAGCAAGCCACCGAAAUUGCGCGUGAGCAGGAUACAGAGCAUAAGUGGAAGACUGUUGGUGAUGCAGCUCUGGCCGGCUGGGAUAUCAAGCUUGCACAGGAGUGCUUCGUCAAGGCCAAGGACUUGGGCUCGUUGUUGCUCCUCUACUCUGCCACCUCGGACGAGUCUGGCCUCCGCGAACUCGCUUCUCUGGCCGAGGCAGCGACAGCGAAUAACGUUGCAUUCUCCGCACUUUGGCAGAUCGGUGAUCUGCAAGCUUGCAUUGACUUGCUCAUCAAGACCAAUCGCUUUUCUGAAGCCGUUCUCUUUUCGCAGACAUAUAAACCUAGUGCUACAGCAGGGCUUGUCAAGCAGUGGAAGGCUAGCUUGGAGAAGGAAAACAAGAUCAAAGUUUCCAAGCUCAUUGGUAUGCCACCUCAGGAUGGUGAGGGAGACGAGGAAAUGUUCCCUGAAUGGGACGAGUACUUACGUAUGGAGCGUGAGGGCGGCGUCAUUCAGGACCUUUUGGUGCAGGAUGACGAAGUUGAUGCUGAGGCUGAAGAUGAGGUCGCUGAAGCUGCUGAAGCCGUUGAGGAGGAGGAAGAGGAUGACGAUGAUGAAGAAGAGGACGACAACGAGUAGGCAAAUGCCUCUAAGUUAUGUUUGAAUGGAGUCAUGUUGAAAGACAAGUUUUGAUGACUGGGGAGCGUUCGGCAUAGCUACGGUAGCCAAAACGACAUGCAUCAUCUACAAUAACACUUUGUUCGGUGUUCUGUGGUCGGCGACAAUCUUUCCUGCCACUUGGAAUCGUCGAAUACAGCGAC